CGCCCCCCAUUACCAGAGCAGCUUAUUCUCACGCGGGUCGCCUCCAACUUGAAACUUCAAACACAGACACAAACGCGCACACGCCUUGGAAGGAGUGCAAAGCAGCGUGCGGAGGCUGAAGAGAACAACACUGUUUAUCUCUCAGUGGCCAGGAUGGACCGUAGAGGCGGAGCUUCUGAGUGCUCCGACCAAGGAGAGUGCAUCUCCAGCCAGCCGACAACCGGUAGACCGAGCGUCCUCCUCCAAAGUGCAGGCCAGCACGCCUCGCUGGAAACUGAUCGGGAAGUCGACGUCCAAAUAAACACGCCUCAAAGUAAUAUCAGCCGUGACGUCACCGCGGACGACACCUCAGGUGGAGACAAUUUGCCGCGGGUUCCUCUCCCUCCUUCGGUCCCCACCAAUCAGAAACGGCUGUCCUCCAGUGAGAGCCACGCCCCCUUCAAGACAAACGCUGCCCUCAUUGAAGAAGUGGCGGGAGAAGACUGUUGCAUUGGCUGCCUGCUGGCUUGUCUAUUCUGCGAGCUUCCGUCCAUGUGUUGGGCGGCGGAGAGGUGCGUGACGUGCGGAGGGGGCUCGUCCGGUUGCUGCUGGUUCGUUGACACCUGCUGCUGGUGCUGCUGCUGCUGCUACUGCUGGGACAAUGCGUGUGCGGCCCCGCUGGACUGCGGGAUACUGGAGGAGUGCUGCAGCUCCACAGACUGUUUGGAGAUUUGCUUGGAGUGUUGCGCCAUAUGUUUCCCCUCUUAGAGUGGCCAAUCCCGGAAGGAUGACAAGAUGAGGUCACUCCAAAGUUCAGACGGAGUCUUGGUUCCUCAUCGUACUGAGAAUGGGAACUUUGCUAGGACUCAUGGAGCGUGUCCUGACACAGGCUGCACUGCAAUUCAUUAACAGCAAUUAUAUGCACUCAUUUAUUUAAGGGCAAAACAGUUGAAUAGUGCUUAAUAUGGCUGCCUCAAAGUCCAGCGGCUUUGGGUUAAAAAAAAAUUAAAAAAAACGCGUGCCUUGCCACUGCAUGAAUGUACUAUGUGCUCUUUUGUCCAAGUUUUGUGGAAUCCCAUGUCAAGUUGGUGUGAUUGACUUCUCUGGAGGGGCGGGCCGCCCUGAACAGGAAAUUUGGGUAUGGUUGUCCGUUUUCGGAACAUCCAAACAGGAAACGGGAAGUUACUGAAAAGACAACGUGAACUAACCUUUGAGCCCUGACAGCCAACAUCAAAGACAUUGGCACAUAUUCACGCACAAGUUCUAACAAUGACACGCGUGAGAUUCUCCAAGAGGUUGUUAAUGCCCUCUGGUGGUGGUGAGUGGAACACAAAUUUACCUUCUGUUAUUUCAAACUUGGGAAAAACAUCUUUUAAAGCACGAAUAAAAUGAUGUAACCUCUGCGGUUGUUAUUUUCUUGUUCCCCCUCCCACCUAUUUUUUUCAAUACAUGGCAUGCAGCAAUGAGUAACGAACCAGGGGGGCAUUUUAAGGGCCUCACGACUCAAUAGUACUUUAGAGAAAAAUACUUUCUUCUCACUUUAUUUCGAUAUAAAGUUUCUAUAUAGAGAUAUGAUACAAUGUUACAUGAUUGUAAACAACAACAAAGACGACUCCCUUUAUGAUCCCGACAGCAAAACGUCCGUUGCUAUGAUGAAACAGAUUA